AAGUGAAGAUGCAGUCUCGCUCUGAUGUUGAUGAUGCGGAGAUGGAAGAUUUCACGGAGGACGACGAGAGCGAGGAGUAUCUCCAGCACGGGGCCACCAUGCCCGCCUCCCUUCGCCCGCAUGCUCACGGACAAGCCCCCGAGGAGGAUCCAUGGCCGCGCGGCUUCGUGCUCCUCGACUUCACCGCCUACACCGCCGACCGCCGCAACGCCACCACCGCUUCCUGCGUGUGCGCGACGAUAGACCGCGACGGCGACGGCGUGAAGGGCGUCAUCCAGGUCACCUUCUGCGCCGCCGCCGCCGCCCCGCCGCUCGUCUCCUACUUCUGCGUCCACUUCGCCGACGGAGCCCGAGAUCGUCGCCGCGGACGCCGAGGCCGGCCUCUUCCUCCUCCGCGUCGCCCUUGGCGCGGUGACGAACAGCCUGAACACGGACUACAGCGAGUACUUCGUCUACCACGCCGGCGGCGGCGCCACGGGCCGGGAGUUCCCGUCCCUCACGCAGCUCCCGCACCCUCGACCCUCCCUCCUCCUUCAAGACCACGUCGCCAUCGUUCGCUACUGCAGAAAUCGCCGCCGCCGCACCGGCGACGACCACCACGGCUGCUGCAGCGACUGUAAUGACUACACCAUCGCCUCGCUCUACGGGCCGGUUGCAGGCGGCCCGCCGGGGACUUACUACUUCUCCCUGUUCCGCUCCGACACCAUGGCCUGGACCAGGGAGAUAGUGCCAGACAAGGACGUGCCCAACUCUCGCCAUCUCACGAGCAAGACGAUCGCCAUUGGAGGGGAACGCGGCACGGUGGGAUGGGUCCAUCUCCUGCAGGGAAUCAUCCUCUGCGACGUGCUCGCCGCCACCGACGACACCACGCAACGCACGCUGCGCUACGUCCCGCUGCCAUCUCUGCUCCGCGAGAAGAAUCUGUCCUGCCCUGCGGCGGACAUCGCCGUCGUCAAUGGCUUCAUCAGCUACAUCGAGCUGGGGGUCCGGGUCGUGCCGGGCUCGUGGUCCAGGUACAGCGCCUACACCGCAGACGGCUGGGUCACCGCCAAAUGGACCAUGAAGAUCACUGAUUCCUUGUCGGAGCCUUGGCGCCUGGACUGCCAACUUGAUUCCUCUGAGAUCUCCGAUGCCCUGCCUAAGCUGCAGGUGGAUGCAGAUACUCCUCAGCCGAUAUUGCAGACGCUCCACAUAGGUCACCCCACCUUGAGCCUGGAAGACAACCGCGUUGUGUAUUUCCUCGCCAAGAUCGACCACCGGGACACGGAACACACUGCGUGGGUGAUUGCUGUUGACACGGUGAAGAAGACCAUACAGGGGGUGGCUGGGUUUGGUGCCGAAAGAACUCUUGGUUUAGCACCAGUCUACAUUGCAAAUCUUAAUGUUUAGCGCUCUUGCUCUGUUUCGUAAAUCGCCUGAAAACUCAAUCAAUUUGUGUUGAUUUCCAAACCAUGGGUCAACUAUUUUUUGUUGUUCAGCUUCAAUGAUUACUGAAUCACACAGCCAUUAAUUUGGAAAUUUUGUCA